AUGCUUUCCCCUCUCCCGCUCACUCCACCUCUCAAGCCCCCCUCGCCCUAUUCCUCUCAUCUCCAAUUGGCUCGUACUGCGCUAUACCGCACUCUAUCUCCGCCCUCCCCAACCGGCUACUUUGACUACGUCCAAGCAGUCCCGAAUCUGGAGCUCCACUCCGCCGCGGCCGAGGGAAAUGUGGGUUUGGUGCAUUACGCCCUUACCCAUGGUCAGCCGGUCAAUUCGGUAUUGCAUGGCGUACAGGCGAUUCAUGCCGCCGCGGCAGGGGGUAGCAUCGCGGCGGUCAAGAUGUUGAUAGACCGGGGGGCGGACGUGAAUGCCCCGAGGCUGCCGAGGAGGUAUAGCAAUGAGAAGAAGAAGGGCGCGCCGAGUCUGGGUGCAGCUGGUGCGACUCCUCUCCACUUUGCUGCUGCCAACGGUCACGCCGAUAUCGUCCAAAUACUCCUCACCUGCGGUGCCGCUUCCAACAAGUCCGACAAGCUAGGCCAAACGCCAGCCUCUCUCGCCGAGGCCAACGGGCAUGAGUCGGUCUUGCACGUUCUGAAGGUAUACGACCACCUCAGGCGCCAAGACGGGCUUGCAGAUACAGCUUCCAUCGCAAGCGGAAGUAUCAUCACCGGACCAUUCUCUGAGGACGGGUCGCCAUCUCAGUCAACCAUCAACCUGGAGGACGAGGACUAUCACCCCAGUCUCAAGGGAAAAGAGAGCGCGAUGAGCAUGGCGAGUACUCGCUCAGAUGCGAGUGGGAUUAUCAAGCUGCGGAAAAGCCUGGAUGGGCUGUUAGGGAGGCGGUCUAGGAAGAACAGCUUCCGAUCCGCAUCGCCAGAUGGCCUACCCUACCCCCCUUCACUCGCCCCAUCCUCAGUAUACCACUCUCCGAUCGGCGGAAACAGUCCAGCCUCAUCACAUACCGAACUUCCCUCCUACCCCUCGGACGAACAACCAUCUGCCAUUGCCCCUCAACCCCAAAGUAACGGUAUCGACCUGGCGCGGAUCACCUCGGGCGGAUCUCAGGCGUCAGGCGCGUCCGGCCAGUCGAGCACAUUCGCCUCUAUCCGCUCGGGUCCGCAUCACACGCUCCCCCGGGAACAUCGUACCUCCCACUCCUCCCGCCGACCAUCCCUACCCUCCAUCCUCGAAAAGGCCGCACAUCCGGGUCAAGCCUUCCGAAACGCCCUGCACCGCCGGGAACAAAACGAGCAAGUUCGCUUCAAUGUCUCAUCGGGCAGUUCGAACGGGUCGCAGAACCUCUCGGGCGCGCAGGACAAGACACGGAAAUACAUGUCCCGCAAUGCCUUUAUCGGUCUUUUCCGGCGUACCAAUUCGCCUCCUUCUCGCUCGCCCAGUCCGCCGAAGCGCGGCGAGAGCCGGCCGAUAGACGCUCAGGAGCUGGAGGAGGGGAUCGAGCGGUUUAGGCGGGCGUCGAUGGAGCUGGAGCAGCAAGAACGGCGGAGUCUUGACGAGAACAGGGAGAAUCCAGACAUACUGCGCCAGACUCCCGCUUCUGCCCCACCGAUAAAAACCCGGUUCUUUGAGGAUCUAUCACCGUCACCGCCAAAAAUCCCAAAUUCGGCUUUUGUCUCUCCUCGGGAGGGUCGGACCUCCCCGGUAUCGCCCACCGGCGAAAGACCUUGGAAUCGACCGCGCAAGGGCAGCAAUGUUAUCGCCCCUUCCCCGUUAGCCAACGAGUGGGCGAGGGAGAGUUCCGACUCGGACUCGACAGUCCCGACUGGGAUCCGCCGGACCAAGACGGAAGGAGCGAGGGGUACGGUUGGCCCAUCCAGGCUUUCGGUGUCUAGCGGACCAGCGCCGGGGCUGUUGCGUGCGACAAAGCAACGGUCUGCUACGCUUCCCAGCGCACCCUCUGCGGGAGUGAUGAGCUUGACAGCUGGACCGGCGACUACGCGGAUAGCCAGCUCAUCCAGGCUGGUCGAUCUAGCUCUGGACGAGCGGGCGAAUCUACGAGCCGGCGUGCUCAGGCGGGAAAGCGAACGAAAGAGGGACGAGGUGGAGCACGAUGACGGCGCCGAAGACGCGGAGGAUGAAGAAACCGAGGAAGAAGUCUUCCACGAUGCUCUGGUCGAGGUGGAUGACUCGGAAAAAGUGGAAUCGCUCGUCCCUGUGGUCAGCGAAGAGGCUGUCGAAGAGGAUAGAGUGGAGCCGGAGAUGACGCCUCCGCUAGCCCCUGCCUUGCGGAAUCGCUACCGCGGUGCAUCGAUCGGCUCGAUGAACAGCCAGCUCAGCCGCUUGUCCACGACGUCCUUGUCCAUGGUACGGUAUGGCAGCAACCCAUCCGACGACAGCACCUCGGACCGGCAUUUGCGUCCGCGCGGCUCAUCAGACCCAAACACCACGCCCCCGCCUCCACCCCCUUCGAGUCUCUCCAUGGAUUCUCGUCCUCGCGGCAAGUCUGUAUCGUCCAUCGCAACGACAGCCAGCGGGAGCAACCUUGCUUGGUCGUCCUAUCACCAUUCCACAUCGGCCACCUCCCUCACUCCCCCUUCAACCCUCUCCAUCACCCUCGGCUCGGCCUUCCCGCCUGUACCAGAAGACGACGUCACGGACGGCUCAUCCGUCUCUCUACCACCUGCGCCUCAGCGCAAAUUUUCCUCCCGCGCUGAAGCUGUCAAGGCCAUCAAGCAGCAGGAGGAUGAUGUCUUGCAAUUGGCGCAGUUGCCUCUGAAUGCGGACUCGAGCAGGGAUCUCGCAGCUCAGCUGGCGGCAUAUGGGGAGAGCCAUGCCAUGGAGCAGGAGCUGGCGCAAAUGGAGCGCAGAGAGAAGAAGCUGUCAAGGAGGGGUACCACAGAGGCGGGAGGCAAGAGCAAGUUUGAAAUCCUCAGCGAUACCAGCAGCGAUAAGGAGAGUGGGGCGAGCGGGGUCAGUGGAAGCUUCGUUAGUGCCCAGAGCGCGCCGAGCUCGGGUAUGUCUUCGGAGGCGAGAAGUUCAUCAGUGGCGAGCUCAAGAUGUAAUGCACCACCAUCCAUGAUCAGCGUCGAAGCACCCAAAACAUCCGUCCCGAACAUCAGCAGUAUCUACGAUCGGCGCGCCACCCUUUACCGUGAAAAGAUGCAGGCCCUCACUGCCGCCCCAUCUUUGCACGCCCCAUCAUCCCGAGGCAGCGAGAGGCGGCCUCGGCCACGCGCGGCCACCGAUAAUCACUCGCGCUCUGGACCACCGGCGUGGCUCACGGGUGUCCAACCCAGCGGCAGCUCGAUCCAAUCCCGAGCGGUCAGCGGACCCGCGCGGUCAGAAAUCUCAUCCAGUAUCCCUGCCGGCUCCCUACCUGUCCAGCCACCAGGCCAUGGGCUCAUGGCGGGCGCGUCAGCACCCAAGGCCCCCCGGUCCCGGAAAGAGAGCUUCAACUCGAUCCGCGUCCCUCCGCCACCCGCACCCCCUAUCGCAGAUAUUGUCAAUACGCGAUAUCAGGGGCUGCCCAGUGUGGCAUCUUACCCUCGGUCCACCAACACUGCCUUCUACUCGGCACCAAGUCGGGCCGGUACGAACCGGCAGUACUCGCACGGAUCGCCCUUGGCCAGCUCGUCCUCCCAGAUCCAGCCCGCACCGGCACCGGCCGUCAGUAUCUUCUCGCACCGGUAUGCUGGCCCGCAUGACGGCGGGGAGUCGGACGAUAGCGAAGGGGAGCAAAAGGGGUACACGAUGAUUGAGAAUGACUGGAGAGGGGGCAAGAUCCUCGCGCCUGGCGAUUUGGGCGCGGAAGGGCUGGCGAGAAAGGGCAAGUGGGGUUUCAAGGGGCCGUUUGGCAAGAAGAAGUGA